CUUGAGCCGGCAACUGGCUGUAUGGCGCUCCUUCAUUGCCGGAGCCAGCCGACGCUGAAGUGACUUUCACACAAAGCCCAGCCCCGUGCAUUGCAAAUCAAAGUGGGUAGCAUCGGACUAGGUAGUCGACCACUCCUGUCAAAGAAGGUUGCCGUGAACACCAGGAGUGAUGGGUGGAUUAGACAGCCUGAGAGAGUUUAGUUUCUUGCGCUGGCUGAGGGAUGGUCGGCAGUCUCGGAAACUCAUCCUGUGUAUAGUCUUUAUCGCGUUGCUGUUGGACAACAUGCUGUUGACCGUGGUGGUGCCCAUCAUUCCCAGUUACUUGUACAAUCUUCAACAUCAACCACCGACAACAAGUCCAACACAAAGCUCCGAAGCUAUUUCGCCAACAAGGUUUCAAAAAAUAUUUUCCUAUUAUGACAACUUGACAAUGGAAACUGGAACGGAUGGAGAGACUGGACUCAACACAACACAGUCUGCAGUGAUCAAUACAACAACUGCACCAGAUUCUAGCACAAGCUGUUUAAAAAAGGACCAGGACCUGCUGAACGAGAACGUUGAAGUUGGCUUGUUGUUUGCUUCCAAAGCCACUGUGCAGCUUGUAACCAAUCCCUUCAUUGGACCGCUGACAAAUAGGAUAGGAUAUCAACUCCCAAUGUUUGCAGGGUUUGUCAUCAUGUUUAUUUCAACAGUUAUGUUUGCCUUCUCAAAGAGCUACAUGCUACUGUUCUUAGCCCGAUCUCUGCAGGGCAUAGGCUCUUCCUGCUCCUCUGUGGCAGGUAUGGGGAUGCUGGCCAGCGUUUAUACUAAUGAUGAAGAAAGGGGUAAUGCAAUGGGAAUCGCAUUAGGAGGACUGGCUAUGGGGGUUUUGGUGGGUCCACCCUUUGGCAGUGUGAUGUUCGAAUUUGUGGGGAAAACGGCUCCAUUCCUUUUCCUGGCAGCGCUGGUGCUGUUGGAUGGAGCCUUGCAGCUGUUCGUCCUCCAGCCCUCCAAAGCGCAACCAGAAAGUCAGAAGGGGAGCUCGCUGUUUACACUUUUACGUGACCCUUACAUAUUGAUUGCUGCAGGAGCCAUAUGCUUUGCGAACAUGGGCAUUGCCAUGCUGGAACCAGCCUUGCCGAUUUGGAUGAUGGAAACCAUGUGUUCGCCAAAAUGGCAGUUGGGCGUCGCUUUUGUUCCAGCAAGUGUCUCGUAUCUAAUUGGAACUAACAUCUUUGGUGUCCUUGCACACAGAAUGGGCAGGUGGUUGUGUUCUCUCCUGGGAAUGAUAAUCGUUGGAAUAAGCAUUGUUUGUGUGCCGUUUGCCAAAAAUAUUUAUGGACUUAUUGUACCAAACUUUGGAGUUGGUUUUGCCAUAGGAAUGGUGGAUUCCUCAAUGAUGCCGAUUAUGGGUUACUUGGUGGACCUGCGUCAUGUCUCUGUAUAUGGAAGUGUUUAUGCAAUUGCAGAUGUUGCAUUUUGUAUGGGAUUUGCAUUAGGCCCUUCAAGUGGCGGAGCCAUUGCUAAAACAAUAGGAUUUCCUUGGUUGAUGGCAAUUAUUGGAACCAUUGACAUACUAUAUGCUCCACUCUGCUUUUUUCUUCGAAGCCCUCCUGCCAAGGAAGAAAAGAUGGCUAUUUUGAUGAAUCAAAAUUGCCCAGUUAAAACCAAAAUGUACACAACUCAAGACCACUUUCAGAAAGCCCCUGUGAUUGAUGAUAAUGAUGAAGAGUCUAGGAGUGAUGAAUGAUUGGAGCCAUGCCAUUUUCUUUAUAUUACUUUAAUGUGUAUUAUAGUGUUUUGUGCAUUGUCCUUUUAAAUUAUUGUCUUAAUAUAGUUUAAUUAUUCUACCAUUAAGGCAUACCAAAGUUGUAACCUUAUUUCUCCAGUAUUAAAACGAUUUAGAAAUGCAACAUAGAGUUUGGGCUGGGGAGUAAAAAAAAAGGUGAUUGAAUAAAAAUGAUAACCAGCAGCCUUAGCAAAUUGUGAUAUUUAUGUAUUUAAAUUUGCUUGUCAGAACUAAUAGUUUUUUGAAACAUUUAAUUUUAGAUAUUAUACUAUAUUUUAUAAUCUUGCAUUUAUUAACGAAGAUAACCUUUUUGUCUACACAGUUUUUCCCAGUACUAGUGUUCAUUGUUCUAAAUGUUUGCUUGGAAAAAAGCAGA